AUGCCGCCUCUGCCACCGGAGCUGAUGGAGGAGCUCGUGGAAGAGGUCCUCCUCCGCUUCCCACCGGACGACCCCGCAAGCCUCCUCCGCGCCGCCCUCGUCUGCAAGCUCUGGUGCCGCCUCUUGUCCGGCCCCGUGUUCCGCCGCAGGUUCCGUGAGUUCCACCGCAGCGCGGCCCCCGUACUCGGCGUGAUCUACACCGGGGACUGCAAGCUCGGACACGACGACGACGCGCCUAGGGACGCCAACCCUUCCCUCAAGCCAGUACGACCUCCUCCCGCCUCAUGCACGCUCCCGACGGAACGGCCUGGCUCACCAGCGACGCCCGCCAUGGCCGCGUCCUGCUUUACCGGUGCUACACUUGGCAUACGAUUGGCUUCUCCGUCUGGGACCCUGUCACGGACCAGCAGCGAAACCUGCCGGAGCUGCCGUACACCAGGUGGCACAACUACUCUGCGACCGUGGUCUGUGCCGCCACCGCUGGUGGCAACUGCGACCACCUCGACUGCCACCGGGGACCUUUCCUGGUUGUUGUCAUGGACAUCCAGACCUGCGUCGUGCACUUGUCCGUCUACUCAUCUGAAGCUGUGUCCUCGUGGGCACCGCACUCUACUUAUAUUGGAUAAGUUAAACGAUGAGAUCGUGAAGUACGACUUGGCCACACAGGAAGUAUCUGCGAUUCCCCUGCCAUCUAAAAUCCGUCAUCUGAAACGAAGCAUUGUGCUGACUGGUGAUGAUGGUGGGAUAGGAUUUGUUGUCGAGAAAAAUGUCAGCAGCCUGCCUCUGCCUACUGCAAGCGAAGGGAACACGCCUGGGAAAGAAGCCGUCUCCUCGACCGCUACUGAAGAUGAUGGCGUUCCUGCCUCCCGGCCCAAAAGGCUCCGCCGGCGGCCGAGUACGAGAGUUUUUGGCCCAAUGUGGCAAGUCUGA